AUGAUGAAAUCAAUCGUGCCGCUGCUUCUCCUAUUGGCGCUGGCCUUCACCCAAACGGUUAGACUGCAAACAACGAACGAUGUCCCUUUGAUCAAUUACCAAAUGGUCCCUUCGCAAAGAUGGAAGGUGUCCGCAAAGGAGUUGAUGAAGUUUAAGGAAAAAUUGAAGACUUUUGUGGCUGCAGAAAUUCAGAAAGAGGGAUCCAUUCUGCUUCGAAAAUAUUACAAGGAAUUUUACGCAUCAGAUGAACAAGGGGAUGAAGCCCAGUCUGGGGAGUCUCCCCAGGAGAAGGAAACUGAUGAUGCGUCUCCGUCUGAAAAGACAGAAAUGGGCGACCAGGACGAAGCCAGUAACACCCUUGACUUAAACGGCCCUAUACAAUUAAUUUAA